GCGAGCGACUCUGGCGCUGAUGUGUAAACGACCAAACACAACUAAAUAACAGCUCAUCUGUAUUAUAUCGCUUACAUAGAAUUUCCAACUAUUAGUCAUAUUCAAUAUUGACAAUUAGACAAAUUGUGAAAGAGUGUGCAACAGUGUUAAAAAAUAUUUUACUAUUAAAUCGUCAAUAUUGUUUUCGUUUUAGCAAUGGAUACUUGUGGAUUUGUUACCUGCGGUCCAAAUGAAGCUCUCGUUGUUUCAGGAUGCUGUUAUGGGAAACCACUGUUAGUUCCUGGAGGACGAGUCUUUGUUUGGCCCAUUGUUCAACAAGUUCAAAAGAUUUCACUAAAUACAAUGACACUACAGGUAGAAAGUCCCACUGUUUAUACCUGUCAAGGAGUACCAAUUUCAGUAACUGGUAUAGCACAGGUAAAGAUUCAAGGACAAAAUGAAGAAAUGUUAUCAACAGCUUGUGAACAAUUUUUGGGAAAAUCUCAAGAUGAAAUUCACAAUAUUGCAUUGGUAACAUUAGAGGGACAUCAAAGAGCAAUAAUGGGAAGCAUGACAGUGGAGGAAAUUUACAAAGACAGGAAGAAAUUUAGCAAGGAAGUGUUUGAAGUUGCAAGCAGUGAUCUUGUUAAUAUGGGAAUAACAGUGGUUUCGUAUACACUGAAAGAUAUUCGAGACGAGGAAGGUUCGAAGGGUUAUUUGAAAGCCCUCGGAAUGGCUCGAACAGCUGAAGUUAAAAGAGACGCAAGAAUUGGAGAAGCAGAAGCUCGUCGAGAUGCACAAAUUCGAGAGGCAAUUGCAGAAGAGCAGAGGAUGGCUGCUCGUUUUCUCAAUGAUACAGAAAUUGCGAAAGCUCAACGUGAUUUUGAAUUGAAGAAAGCCGCUUAUGAUGUCGAAGUGCAAACAAAAAAAGCAGAGGCAGAAAUGGCUUUUGAACUUCAGGCAGCCAAGACGAAGCAGAGAAUUAUGGAAGAGCAAAUGCAAGUUAAAGUUGUGGAGCGUAGUCAGGAAAUUGCUGUCGCCGAGCAGGAAAUGCUGAGACGUAUUAAAGAAUUGGACGCAACUGUGCGACGUCCAGCGGAUGCUGAAAAAUACCGAUUAGAGAAACUUGCUGAAGCUAAUAGACUUCGACAAGUGAUGGAGGCAGAAGCCGAGGCCGAGGCUAUCAAAAUUCGAGGAGACGCAGAAGCUUCUGCCAUCGAGGCGAAAGCAAAGGCUGAAGCCGAACAAAUGGCAAAGAAAGCUGCUGCAAUGAGCGAAUACAAGAGUGCCGCUAUGAUUGACAUGUUACUUGAAACUUUACCAAAGGUUGCUGCUGAAGUCGCAGCUCCACUUUCGCAGGCGAAGAAAAUAACAAUGGUUUCAAGUGGCAAUGGUGCAAUUGGUGCUGAGAAAUUAACCGAGGAGGUUUUGAAUAUCGUAAACCGUGUUCCGGCAUUGGUUAAAAAUUUGACCGGUGUUGACAUCGCGAAAUCCGUUCAUGCAGCGUAAAUGGGAAUGGAAGAAACUUUCCUGGAAAAUAUUUCCAAAAACUGCAGAAUCUCUGUUAAUGAUGCUUAAAAAAAUCAUCUGUCUCUAAAAAAUCUUCUUUUAUACUAGAAAAUAAGUUACGUGACUUUUUGCUACUUUUUCUCAACACUUUUACUGCCAUUCAACAUUUUUUAUCAUUUUUUCGAGACAAUAUAUACUCUUUUCUUUUUAUCUCUAUAGAUGUUAAACUUGGUCGUUAGAUUUAGAAAAAUUCUUUCGCACAAUAAUGAAUUUAAUUCAAUUUUUUUAUGUAUAUUUACUCUAUGGCAGUGACUGUGAAUUCGUCCAUCUAUUGCAAUCGACAAUUUAGAAAAACAAAAUUGUAUCGUCUUUUUUUAUUUUUAAGAAACAAAUUUGGUUAUUGUAUCAUUCUUCAUUUAAUUAAUUAAAUUAAUUAAAUUAAUUCAUUUGAUUAAUGAAUAAUAAUGAAUAAUUAAUGAACAAUGAUACUAUUCCUUUGAUUUAAUUCUAAGGGAAAGUUGGAGGAAAAAAAUAUUUACAUUUCCACAAAUGUAAAUUUUGUCAAUGAAAAAAAUGAUUAAUAUUGAGAGAAAAAAACGGAAUGAAUAAGUUGGACCCUAAGAAAUUUAUGAAAGAAUUUUUUGAUUAAAAUUCUUUAGAAACAGUUUGAUCUGACAAGAAAAAAAAAAUAACUUAUGCCACGAUGUGCCGAAUGACAUUCCUCUGAGUAUUCUGUGACACUGUGUACCUUCUUAAUGUUAAAACCUCUACUAAUUAAGUGUUUAGAGAUGAAAGUACCAAAUCACUUUGUGUCAGUGUCCAAAAUACGUAUCUAGUCUCCAAAAAUCGUAUGUACCUUCGGUUAUAUUUUUUCUAUUUGAAAAAUGAACUACAUAUUGUAUUUUCCCUUAUAAUAGAAUAUAAUAUGCAAAAAAAAAAAAAAAAUGCCGAUAAAAUUCUCUAGAUAUAGUUAGUCUGCUAAACAUAAUUUUGAACUUAUGAAUAGUCGUAAGACCAUGUGCAAAGCCUUACAAUAUAGCAAAGAAAAGUUCAAGUUUGAAAAAAAUAAAAGCUACUAAUAAAAUGAA